UGUAGAGAUCUCCUGACAUGUUUGCGCAUGAUCAGUACAGUUUUCUCUCAUUGACAUAAAAGGAACGUUUGUCGUUUCCUCUAUUCAGUUCUACAAGAUAUUUCAGAGUGCUUUUAGAGGAAGAACUUCGUGAGACUUCUUAAAUUUUAUAGAAAUUUUUGCUGCAUCAUAAACUACUUCCAAGGAAGAUAAUCAUGCAGAUCUUUGUCAAAACAUUGACAGGUAAAACAAUAACUCUGGAGGUUGAGGCCUCAGAUACCAUUGAAAAUGUAAAAGCAAAAAUUCAAGAUAAGGAAGGAAUUCCACCAGAUCAGCAAAGAUUGAUCUUUGCUGGAAAACAACUAGAAGAUGGACGCACAUUGUCUGAUUAUAAUAUUCAAAAAGAGUCAACAUUACAUUUAGUACUGCGUUUGAGAGGUGGAAUGCAAAUUUUUGUCAAAACGCUCACUGGAAAAACGAUUACUUUAGAAGUUGAAGCUUCAGAUACUAUUGAAAAUGUUAAAGCUAAAAUUCAGGAUAAAGAAGGUAUUCCUCCCGAUCAACAGAGAUUGAUUUUUGCUGGAAAACAAUUGGAAGAUGGCCUUUAUGGUGGAUUUCUGGCAGUUAUCAUUUCAUAA